CCGCGGAGCUCCUCGAUCUACUCCGACCAUCACACCAAGCUGAACAACGGCCUGGUCUCGAGGACAUCUAUCACCUGUCCUAUCCCUUUUACAAGCCAAAACUCCCUUGUAUAUCACGAUGGUCCGCCUCAACCAUCUCCUCGCCAGCUGCCUCAGCUUGGCCUCCGCCGUCACCGCGGUGGUCGACCUCGUCCCCAACAACUUCGACGACGUUGUCCUCAAGUCCGGCAAGCCCGCCUUGGUCGAGUUCUUCGCUCCCUGGUGCGGUCACUGCAAAAACCUUGCGCCCGUCUACGAGGAGCUGGGCCAAGUUUUCGCUCACGCCUCGGACAAGGUGACGGUGGCAAAGGUCGAUGCGGAUGAGAACCGCGACCUGGGCCGCCGGUUCGGUGUGCAGGGAUUCCCGACCCUGAAGUGGUUCGAUGGCAAGAGCGAUACCCCGGAGGAUUACAAGGGUGGUCGUGAUCUGGAGAGUCUGUCUUCGUUCAUCACUGAGAAGACGGGCGUCAAGCCCCGGGGUCCUAAGAAGGAACCUAGCAAGGUGGAGAUGCUGACUGAUGCGACUUUCAAGUCGGUCGUCAAUGGUGAGAAGGAUGUUUUGGUCGCCUUUACUGCGCCAUGGUGUGGACACUGCAAGAACCUCGCUCCUACCUGGGAACUGUUGGCCAACGAUUUCGCGCUCGAGAACGAUGUUGUGAUCGCCAAGGUUGACGCCGAUGCUGAGACUGGCAAGGCUACGGCUAGAGAGCAGGGCGUGUCCGGAUACCCCACCAUCAAGUUUUUCCCCAAGGGCUCUACGGAAUCGGUUCUUUACGAGGGUGCUCGCUCCCAGCAGGCUUUCAUUGACUACCUGAACGAGAAGGCCGGCACUCACCGUACCAUUGGCGGUGGUCUGGAUGCCAAGGCUGGCACCAUUGUCAGCCUGAACGAGGUGAUUGCCAGCUCCCCUGCGGAUCUGGCUGUUGCGUUGAAGGAGGCUGCCGCGGACCUGAAGGACCAGUACGCUCAGUACUACGUCAAGGUUGCGGACAAGCUGAGCCAGAACGCCGACUACGUGAGCAAGGAGCUUGCUCGAUUGGAGAAGAUCGUGGCCAAGGGUGGAUCGGCGCCUGAGAAGGUGGACGACCUUGUGUCGCGCAGCAACAUCCUCCGCCAGUUUGUUGGCGAGAAGGAGGUGAAGGAUGAGUUGUAGAUAUUGUAUGGAUUAUGACUGGCAGGAUAUGUUCUGUAUGAUAUGGAGCAGUUAUAAGUAUUAGUAUCCAUUGAUGAGCAGCAGUGCAAUAUAGUACUGUAAGC